AGCAGCAAUGGCAAGAACCAAGCAGACAGCUCGCAAAUCUACCGGAGGUAAGGCUCCAAGGAAGCAGCUCGCCACCAAAGCUGCGCGCAAAAGCGCACCAGCAACUGGUGGUGUGAAGAAACCUCACCGUUACAGGCCUGGCACCGUGGCACUGAGAGAGAUCCGUCGUUACCAGAAAUCUACUGAGCUGUUGAUCCGCAAGCUUCCUUUCCAGCGUCUGGUCAGAGAAAUCGCUCAGGACUUCAAGACCGAUCUGCGCUUCCAGAGCUCUGCUGUCAUGGCUCUUCAGGAGGCUAGCGAGGCUUACCUCGUCGGCCUGUUCGAGGACACCAACCUGUGCGCCAUCCACGCCAAGAGAGUGACCAUCAUGCCCAAGGACAUCCAGUUGGCACGUCGUAUCCGAGGGGAGCGUGCUUAAAUUUCUUGAAAU